AUGAGCUCUAUUGUUCAGGAAUGGGGGGUUCCACUACAAGAACCAAAUGACUCUGAUAAUCUAAGAUACCUUGAGGAGGUCAAAAAAGAAGUUAUAAAGAAUGGAAUCGUUCGGCCGACGGGAUAUAAUGUUUCGUUUCAUAUGAAUCCUAUGAUCGAAAAACAUCAUUUCGGACCAAAACAUCCUAUGAAACCGUGGCGUUUGACUCUUUCAAAAGGGUUGAUUAUGGCAUAUGGUAUGCACGUCGCUAUGGAUACUUAUGUUUCACGUGCGGCAACUCAAGAGGAGUUGGAGGAUUUCCAUACUCACGAAUAUCUCGAAUAUCUAAAAAGUGCCAAGGUCGGCCCACCAGACGAACGUAUAGAAACACCAUACAACCUUGGUAGUUUUGAUUGUCCUGUUUUUGAUGGACUUUUUAAUUAUUGUUCGAUGUACUCGGGCGCAUCGAUUGAUGCUGCUCGGAGCCUUUGUAAUGGAACAUCAGAUAUUGCCAUAAAUUGGUCCGGAGGUUUACAUCAUGCCAAAAAGACUGAAGCUUCUGGGUUUUGUUAUGUGAACGAUAUCGUACUUGCAAUACUCCAACUUUUAAGAAAGGUUCCAAGAGUUCUAUAUAUCGAUAUAGAUGUCCACCACGGUGAUGGAGUAGAAGAAGCUUUUUGGUCAACAGGCAGAGUCAUGACUGUUUCCUUCCACAAAUGGGAUCCUGUAAACUUCUUUCCUGGAACCGGCGCCUUAGACGAUACCGGCCCGAAGAAUGAAAACAAUCAAGGUGCUCAUCACGCUGUCAACGUCCCAUUGAACGACGGUAUCGACGACGAGCAAUAUAUUAGGGUGUUCAAGCAAGUCAUUGAUAAAUGUGUCGAAAAAUUCCGUCCUAGUGCCAUAGUCCUUCAAUGCGGAGCCGAUUCGUUGGCAGGUGAUCGCAUAGGAACAUUCAAUGUUCUUGUUCAGGGUCACGGCGCUUGUGUUGAGCAUGUCAAAGGGUAUGGCAUACCUCUUAUGCUGGUAGGAGGAGGCGGUUACACACCUCGAAACGUUGCACGUGCUUGGACAAACGAAACUAGUAUCGCAAUUGGUGCAAAGCUGAACGAGGAACUUCCAAUGCACACACCGUACCGCGAUCAUUUCCGGAAUCAAUCCUUAUACCCAGACCUAACUGAGUUGUUGAGUGCUAAGGGAUCAGUUCCUAAAGGUCAAACGGGAGCGAGAAAGAAUCACAAUUCAGAGAAAAAAAUCAAUGACAUUGUGUCCAGCAUCCAUGAACAGUUGCGCUUUGUAGAACACGCGCCAAGUGUACAAAGUCAAGAUCUUCCACCUGAUUUAGGAGCCUGGAAACAAGAUGUUGAGGAUGAGAUCAAAGAGGCAAAGGAGCAAGAGGAGUCAUAUAGGCUACAGAGGGAAGAGGGUCUAGGCAUUCUGCGAGAGUAUGCUUAA